GUGGGCGGUGCCUUUGCCAAAGGCACCGUGGAGUGCUUGUGCUUGAACAAGGAUCAAGUUGGUCUGUCAAACCGGAGACCAGUCGCGGAAUCAGAGGCUGAGCUGGUCUGUCCUGGUGGGACGUGCGGGACAUCUUGCCGCAACGUGCGUGAGCGCAGGAGGGCUCACUAUCUGCAGGAAGGCUAUGGAGCGCGCG